AUGGAGGAGGCGGCGCCCGUCCCGCUGCCGGGCCUCGCCCGGGGGGGGGUACCGCUGGCGGCUGCGAAGGGGCGCGAGACGCCGGGGCCGUCGCUGCUGCUGUCGACGGCGAGCAGAUCUGCGAGCCACGGCCGGUCGCAGUGCGGCGCGACGGAGAUGCAUCCCGGGAGAAUCUACAACGUGAAGACGCUGCGUGAGCAUGCGUUCGACAUGGCAGGCCCGGCGGACUCCACGGGGAAGCUGGGGAAGAAGGCGGAGUACCAGGCGGCGUUCGCGCCGCUCUCUGAAGAGGUCCUCCAAGAGCGACGCGCGUGGAUGGAUUCCGGCCUCUACAAACACUGCCGAAACGAGCAGAGACCUUCCCACCGCGAGAGGUCUUCUGUGUCGUCGAACGCCUCGCGCCUGUCGCACCUGACGACUUGGGGUUCGCGCCCCCGGCGGAGCUCGGAGGCGGAGGAGAGCGGGCCAGAAGACGACGAAGACCUGGUCAUUCGCUACUUCGGGCCUGGAGACGCAGACGCCUUCCGCCAGUGCCGCCUCGGCCGCCGCGUCGGCGAACCCACGCAGUGGAGAGACGCCUGCAGCCGCGCAGCGAACUGGUUCCUCUAUCCGCCCAGAGACACCGCCCUCCAUCCGCCACCUGGGGCGAGGCCGAGGUGGGAGGAUCUCGACGCUGCAGAGGCGAAGCUCAAUGGCCCGAAGAACCGGAACUACCAUCUCUACGCGCGCAAGGACAAGGGUGUCGCCGGACCUGGCCCUGGAGUCGACGACGAGGACGAGUCGCUGAGCCAAAACAGCCUCCUCUUGGGGCUGGGCUCCACGACAUCGACGCUGGUUCUGAACACGCAGACUCACCGCCUCGAGAGGGAAUUCCGCAGGAAGACUUCCAGCAGGCGCGCCCGCGAACGACUAGGAGUUCAGUGGGCUGCAGACCUUGAGGCUGCAGACGACGCCCACGCGCCCAGAGACCGGGAGGAUGAAGACAUUGGCGAGCUCCUGUCCGACGAGAGAGCGCUGAAACGCAUCGCCCAACUCAUGGAGGCCUUCGAGCGAAGCGGCCCGAAUUCCGCUGGCUGGCUUUUCACCGAGGACUUCCGCUGGGCACUUCGGCGGGACGUGCGGAUUCAAGAAAUUUUUGGCUUGGAGAGAAAGACAAGCGACGAAAAGAGAAAGGGGAGACGCAGCAAAGGCAAUCAAGCAGAGGAUGGGGCUGCACAGGGGCCUCUCGAUGCCAUCGUCUCCUGGCUCGCUGACACGGUCUUCCGGAAUCGCGACGAAUGUGUGACACUUACGAAAAAGUCGCGAAUCAAGCUGGCGGCGAUGCUGGACGAACUACGCAAAGUCGAGUCGGAUCUUAUCACGAAUGAGCGAGAGACGUCAGCCCCCAAAAUGUCGUUUGAUAUUUUUUCAGAAGCCUUCUGGGCCUUCGUGGGCAAGUCUCUCGACCCCCGCGUAUGGAAGCGCGACGUCGGAGGCAUUCUUCGCUCCGUGGCAGCGCAAAAAGACUCGCCUUACGCGCUUACAGCUACGGAGAUGCUGGUGCGCGAUUCGAUUCUUGGCGUAAACAUAACCAGCAACGAGCUGCGGCUGCCUGAUUACGUCGAGUUGGGCCGCCUCGGCAUGAUGGAAAAACCGGAUCUGUCUCUCGCUCACGAGGCGGGCGUGCGCCGCUGCUUGGAGGAGAAGACGCAGAGACUUGCGAAGCUCCGCCUCCAAGAAGCAGCGUCGCCGUUCGAAGAGUCUUUCGCUGGAGCGGUUCGCUUGGAGAAGGACUUGGCGGAGUACCAGGUGCUAAAGCAGCAGCUCGAUACUGUGUCGCGGGAGGCGUUUUUGUCUGCGUCGGCUGAGUCCCUCGGGCGGUUUUUCUCUGUGCUUCGCGAGAAGACGAACCGGCUGCAGGGCGUCGACGCAGCGGCCAGAGAGGCGGGGCUGCUUCGCUCCAUUCCUAGCUUCCAGCUGCCCCCCGCAGAGUACGCGGCCCUCGAGGCGCACCACCGCAGACUCCGAGAUCUGCAGGGCGAGGAGAGCAGCUCGACGCGGCCCGAGAGCAGCGUGCUGCCCACUGCGCUUGUGUCAGACAUCGACGACGAUGACGACGCGGCAUGCCUCAAGGCCGCCAAGAAGAAGGCCGCGAAAGCGCCCGCGGUGCGCAGAGUGCCCUCAAAUGUCGAUGUCGAGUCCAGCGUGUUGCAGGCGUCGAUCCUGUCCAACGGGUCACUCCCGUCAAAGGCGGCAAAAACUGCGGGGGCAAAAGCCACAGGGGCCAACGCGGUGCAGGCGCUGUUUGCGGCGCAGCGAGCAAAGUUCGAGGAGGGCGCGCGUGGCAGCGAAGAAGAGCUGUCCGGUGGAGCAGUAGACACCGCGACCGAUGACGACAUUGCGAGUCUCGCCGCAUCCGACCGCGAGGAAGCGUGA